AUGCGGCCCCCAGCCAUCCUCGCCCUCCUCCUCUCCGCCACGGCACUCGCCCGCCCCAAAAAACCCGCCGGCAUGCCCGGCGGCGUCUAUUUCUGCAACCAGCCCAAGUUCCGCGGCGAGUGCGCCUGGCGUCCCCAGUCCAACUAUUGCUACAUAUCUGGCACCGGCGACGAGGCGCCCGACUCAAUUGGCCCUGAUAAAGGAGGGUAUUGCAUUAUUUAUCAGGAUGAUAAGUGUGGGGAGGAAACGAAGAUAAGGGAAAUUAGGUAUCCGGGGAUUGAGAGGUGGUUGGAGAGGUUUGGGAGUAUACAGUGUUUUGUAGGAGAGGGGAGGGGGGUGUGGGAGCCGGAGAGUUAG